AAAGUGUCCCUGGCAAGAAGUUUUUGGAGCCGUGAGGGGUAUAGCAGUUUGGUCAAUAUUGUCUUAACAUGCUUCAAAUAAAUCAGAGAUAAUCACUGCUAACAUUUUGGGGUGUAUACUUCUAGAAUUUUUUCUAUGCAGAUUGUGAGCUUCUUGAAGGCAGGGGCAGGAAUUUUGUCUCUUCGUCAAAUACUAAGCUAUAGUAUUUUGCUUCUCUCCAAGAUAAAAUGGCUAACCCCAAAGAGAAAACUCCAAUGUGUCUGGUAAAUGAGUUAGCCCGUUUCAAUAGAGUCCAACCUCAGUAUAAACUUCUGAAUGAAAGAGGGCCUGCUCAUUCGAAGAUGUUUUCAGUGCAGCUGAGUCUCGGCGAGCAGACAUGGGAAUCCGAAGGGAGCAGUAUAAAGAAGGCCCAACAAGCGGUUGCUAAUAAAGCUCUGACAGAAUCUACACUUCCCAAACCAGUUCAGAAACCACCCAAAAGUAAUGUUAAUAAUAACCCAGGCAGUAUAACUCCAACUGUGGAACUGAAUGGGCUCGCUAUGAAAAGGGGAGAGCCUGCCAUCUACAGGCCAUUAGAUCCAAAGCCAUUCCCAAAUUAUAGAGCUAAUUACAACUUUCGGGGCAUGUACAAUCAGAGGUAUCACUGCCCAAUGCCUAAGAUCUUUUAUGUUCAGCUGACUGUAGGAAAUAAUGAAUUUUUUGGGGAAGGAAAGACUCGACAAGCUGCUAGACACAAUGCUGCAAUGAAAGCGCUUCAAGCACUACAGAAUGAACCUAUUCCAGAAAAAUCACCUCAGAAUGGAGAAUCAGGAAAAGAAAUGGAUGAUGACAAAGAUGCAAAUAAAUCUGAGAUCAGCUUAGUGUUUGAAAUUGCUCUGAAGCGAAAUAUGCCUGUCAGUUUUGAGGUUAUUAAAGAAAGUGGACCACCUCAUAUGAAAAGCUUUGUCACUCGGGUAUCAGUGGGAGAAUUCUCUGCAGAAGGAGAGGGAAAUAGCAAAAAACUCUCAAAGAAACGUGCUGCAACCACUGUCUUACAGGAGCUUAAAAAACUUCCACCUCUUCCUGUAGUUGAGAAGCCAAAAUUAUUUUUUAAAAAACGCCCCAAAACAAUCGUGAAGGCUGGACCAGAAUAUGGUCAAGGAAUGAACCCCAUUAGCCGCCUGGCUCAAAUUCAACAGGCCAAAAAGGAAAAGGAACCAGAUUAUGUUUUGCUUUCAGAAAGAGGAAUGCCCCGACGUCGAGAAUUUGUGAUGCAGGUCAAGGUAGGCAAUGAAGUUGCUACUGGAACAGGACCUAAUAAAAAGAUAGCCAAAAAAAAUGCAGCGGAAGCAAUGCUGUUACAACUUGGUUAUAAAGCAUCAACUAGUCUUCAAGAUCAGCUUGACAAGACAGGGGAAAACAAAGGAUGGAGUGGUCCAAAGGCUGGGUUUCCAGAACCAACAAAUAACACUCCAAAAGGAAUUCUUCAUUUGUCUCCUGAUGUUUAUCAAGAGAUGGAAGCCAGCCGCCACAAAGUAAUCUCUGGCACUACUCUGGGCUAUUUGUCACCCAAAGAUAUGAACCAACCUUCAAGCUCUUUCUUCAGUAUAUCUCCCACAUCGAAUAGUUCGGCUACAAUUGCAAGGGAACUCCUUAUGAAUGGAACGUCUCCUACAGCUGAAGCUAUAGGUUUAAAAGGAAGUUCUCCUACUCCCCCUUGUUCUCCAGUACAACCUUCAAAACAACUGGAAUAUUUAGCAAGGAUUCAAGGCUUUCAGAAAAAGAAAAACAGUCCUUUAUGGAUAGAUCAGAGCUUUUCAAAGAAUUGUUAACUCUAGGAAGGGGAAAUACCUGUGUCCAGAUUUCUUAGUUGCCUUGAAAAUCAUGUACUGAACUGUGAUUGCGCUAGGCUGACGGAGUGAACAGCAGCGUGCUGUGUGCGGUGUAUUGCUCCCUCGGAUUUCACUGUUUUCAUCCGCUUUUCCAUCUUAGUCUUAUUCCUUAAGACCAAAAACUGUAAUUUCCUUUAGUAAUGCGCUAGAAGAUCUGUAUUGUGUAGAAUGAUCAUGUAUUUAUAAAAUGUUACAAGUUUAGAUUAUAAAAUGAGAAAGAUCAUGUGUUCUGGGGGGUAUUUUGCAUGUUUUUCUAUUCCCUUCACAGAAACCUUCCAGUUCUUUCAACUCUAUUGCCAGGUAGUCGGUAGCGUUCUUAAUUGGACUGUUAACAUGAAAUUAAAGAAGCUGUUAAUGAUUAUUGGGUCUGUCAUCUGAAAUUUUAAACACUCAAAGUUAAACAAUUUUAGAAUUUGUUUUUGUUGUUUACCUUAGGAAUUACAAUAAAUCACCGUUUAAAAAAGAAACCUUGAUUCAUCCAGUUGAAGUACUAGAAAAAAAGCUAAAUAAUUUUUAGUUCUAUCUAUAAUCUGCUUAAGAUGAACUAGAAAUAAACUUGUGAUGAAAAGAAAUUCACCGCUUAUUUACGCAUCUAGUCAUUUAGAAAUGUCUGAGAGUAACACUGCAUUUUUAUAGAAACAAAGCACAAAUUGCAUUCAAGCUCCGAAUUAAUUCUUGCUUGGAGAUGUUAUUAUGGUAGAUGUAAAAAUUUUGCUGCUGCCAGAAGAACUACUUACUUUGUUUUAUUUGUCUUUAUUUGUUAGUUCUUGGCAGUGACAACAGUUUUAAUUUUAAAAUAUCUUGACUUCAGCCAAAAUGUAGAGUCUGCUCCCACUGUGAUUGAGCUGACUGCUUAGACCUUUUUUUUUAAGCUUAUGCUGAGAUAAUAUACUCUUAUUUAUGGGCAAAUUAAACAUUUCCAAAUUUGUGUACUGUGAUUUUACGUACUAACGAAUAUAAACAGAUGGUUUUAAAACAUUACCGUGCUUCUUUGGUCAAAUGAGCUUAGUACGGUGUUGCUGAUGGAGUGCUACCUGCAGCUGAGCAGUGAACAGAAUCCCUGUGGGAAAUGGCUAGUGUCGCAUCAGGCACAGAGCUUUCACUGUGGAAGGUUCUUUGUGGCUAAGAGUUUUACAGCCUUUUCUUUACAGAUAACUUUCUCAGAUAUAUUUACCUGAUAGAAGAACAUGUAGAUUGUUCCCAUUUCAUAAAUGUUUUAAUGGGCCUAUAGUUUAGAAAUUAUAGGACCAGCUUGUUAUAGAUUACAUGGUAUUCUGUUAUUUUUAUUUCUGGAAUUUAAAAAUAAAUUCUUUUUCUGUGUUUCUAGGUUAGUACUUUUUUUGUUUUGUUAUUGUACUCUGAACAGAUAGUAUUGCUUAUUGAACCUUGUGUAAAGCUUUCACUGGACUUCUGUUGCCGUUGAAAUUUGAUUUAAGCCUACCAGAGCCAUUGUAUGUGACAGCUAUAUUGUAUUACAAAGUAAAAAUAUAUGAGUGCAUUGAAAACUAAAUUGUUUUAACUUUCAAAUUUUUUCAUUAUCCAAUAUUUUAAAAUGAAAUUUAUAAAUUGCAAAAAGCCUGUUUUCUCACCAGAAUGUAGGUAUGAGGCUUACAUCCUUUUGUUUAAAUCUGCAAAAUAAUUGAAAUUAUUAUUAAUAAAGCUGGCUUCAUAGAGCAGGAUGUGACUGAACGCUUGCAUAGUCUCAGUAACUCUCAUCCUCGCUUUGACGCACCCAAAGCAUUUACUGUCUUUUAGAAGCAUGCCUUUUGGAUCUCUGUCAUAAAUGAGUAUUUCUUUGAGUUUGAUAAGUACAUUUCAAUUAUCUUUCCUAAAAACUUGAACAUGCUUAUUGAUUGUUUUAUUAUUUUUUAGGAAAAAAAGUUUUAUGUUAGUAGUUCUGUGAACCUCAGACUUUGACACAGCUAGUACAUUUCUAUAACUUCUACACAUUUCAGAAAAAUUCAUUUUAAAUUAUAAUUAUACCAUAGUGCUUCAGGGUUUUUUGUUACGUAACUUGAUACUCUUUAGUUAUAAUAUCAAAAUAUUUCGAAAUUAUUCAGCUUUUUGAGGAAAUUAUUAUUAUGGAAAAGACAUUCUUGAAAUGUGCAUUUCAGCAGAAACGGAGACUUUAUUAUGUUGUAAUUUACAUUAUUCUAAGCAUUUACAUCUUUAGUAUGCUUUUGCAUACUAAUUGUAUUAGAAAUCAUUUUGUAUAAUUAAAUACAAGCAGUUCUUUUGUUUAAAUGAGUCAUUAGAGAAGUGAUUAGACUGGAAAUGGAAGUGAAUUAUUUUAGUAUUCUUUCUAGAUAGAUUUAAUUUUAAUUUUCUCUUCUGUGCGCCUCCUGUGAACAUCAUCCGUUGUAAAACCUUUCAAGUAAAAUAUGAUUAACUAGUUUUCUUACUCCUUACAGAAGAAGAUAUAAAGAAGUACUUAGUUGGUAAUCUUAGAUAAGGCAUAAUUUAGUUUAUUUUACAAAAUCAAGGAAUGUUUUACAGAGGGGUUUUCAUUACUGUGAGGUUUUAAUGUUGGUGUCAUUUGCAGCAAGAUGAAAAUGUCAGUAGUAGCCUUUGAAAUGUUUACUUAAAAGCUUUCUUCUCAAAUACAAUUCAGACUUAAUACAUUUCAACUGGUAUGUCUCCUUUUGUGAAGUUUAAUACGAUUAUAGCAGGCUUCUUUUAUAGUUACAGGCUUAUUUUAAGUAUUUAUUUUUGAGAAUAUGACCUUAGUAUACAUUGCAUUGAGAUUUUCUUUUGAGCGAGCUGGCUUCCCUGAGAAUUAGUCUUUCUCCUUUCUGUACUCUUUGGUAUGUUGCUUAAACUACAUAUUUUGCAAUCCGUAUAUUAUCAAAGUGGCUGUUUGUAGCAAUUUUUUUGAAGAAUGAAGUAUCCAUUUUUAAAAAGGCCAAUGUAAGUAGAAAUUUAUAGGUUUCUAAUAAGAAAAUAUGGAGUAAGAAAUUAGGUAUAUUCAUAUAUACUCCUACUUAGAAAUGUUUAUUUAUUUGUCCUUGAAACAUAACUUACUGUGUUACUUCUGGGCCCACAUUUUCAUCUGGGCUGUUAUAAAAUGGUAGUAAAAAAUAAUGAGAAAUUAGAGUAAAAUGAAGAAAACACAUUUGUGGGUUUGACACGGGGUCAGCAGAUUUUGCUCUUAUUUGCAGUUACUCCUUAAAAAUCUGUCCUGGAUUUCACCUUGACUACUUUCCAAAGAUGUGGAGAGUUUGGACUGAUUGCUAUUUGAGCUCUCCAAAAGGCUAAGCCUUUUAUAGUGGCCCUAAAACCCAGAUUUCUUCUUAAAAUGGGUAGCCCAAGUUCAUGCGGACUGAUGUGUUGUCUCUGAUAUCCUUGGACCUUCAUAUACCCAGCUAAGCUCCCAGGAGUAUGCAAACUGCAUAUCACUUAACUGUAUUUCCAGGAGAGGUAGUGGGAUUAUAGAUAACUCAUUUUGUUGAAAUUCCAAACUCUAUAGAGAAAAAUGUUACAUGUUUGAAGAAAGAAAUCCUGAUGCUUUAAAAACAUACCAUGAUGAGUAAAAGUAAUACAGGUAAGAAUCAAGCAGGCUUUGAGUAAAACAGCCCAUUACUAUUGCAUAAACUAUUCAGAACUAACCCCACCCUAAAUCACUGCAGUGUAUAACCACAGGGACUCAAAAGACAAAGACAGUCAUCUUGAGCCUAGAUGCACCAAGUCAUACAUACACAUUAAAAUAUAUAUAUAUAUACACACACACACACAAACAGCUGUUCCCACCACCAUAUGUUUUCUGUGGGUCAGAAAUGAACCACCUGGCACUGCAAAAUGAUUGUCAUUCUGUGUCUUACCCAAGCAGAAGUAUCUAUAGCUUCUUUUUGUUUGUUUGUAUGAGAAGAGAUUUCAAGUCAACAUGAAAAUUCUGAUAUUCAGAAUUAUUUGAAAAUGGAGUCUUUGAAGAAAAAAACACAUUUUUCAUCCAAAGGUGGAUUAUGUUUUCCUUUUGCCAAAAAAGUUUGGCAGGGAUGUGAUUUUUACUUGAAGGCAUAAGAUUAAUUGCAGUGUACCCAUCAGGUACCCUCAGAUCAGGCUGGCAGCUAAAGACAAAUCUGUCUAAAGAGACUUUUUCCGCAAAUGCCAAUAGCUAAAAGUUCAUAUGCAUUGUUCUCUUCUCAUUCAAGACACUUUUGAGAAUGAAGACAGUACAUGGAAUACUGCAUGUAAAGAGUUUCUGCACGCUGAAUAAAAAACCACUGUAGCAUACCAGAGGCGUGGUUUACCUAGGAGAUGCGUGGCAAGCAAAGGAAGGGACCUGACGUUGAUCAACUGUAUCAUCGUGUGUCAGUCAUUGAAGUAGGCAUUACACACACUGUUCCAGGAAGCAAACAAAAGUGCCUAGAACAUUUUUGCCUAAAAAUUUUUAUUAUUUUAACCAACUAUUAUGUAAUGCUUGGACACUGAUACCUGUAAGUAGGACUAGUUUGUGGUGGUAAUUCAUGGUCUUAUGGAUAUUGGUUUGGUUUAGUAAAAAUAGUACUAGUCAAAUGUAUUUUUUAAUAUUUUAUGUCAUUAGUAAAAAUAUAUAUUUCCUACAUUUGCCUUUAAUUUCUGCCCUCAACUAUGUACACAACUGAGUCUGAACCAUUUAGGAAUUCCUUCUCUUUUGAGCUGGAAGGGGCUCUGGACUUCAUAACAUAAAAUUUUAUUACAUAGAUACACAUUUGAGGGACUACACAAGUAAAACGUCAUAUCAGGAACGUGUUUUCUCAUUUCCCUGUAUGGAAUUAUUAGUUGAUUUUAAACCCUGACAUUUUCUGUUCUGUAAAUUUCUACCAUCUUAACAUGAUUAUAUCAAAAAGCAGAUUUAACUGUCAGGGAAAAUGGAUUUUUGAAAAACUUCAAAAAUGUUUUUAUCGGCACUAUUGUCAUUUUUAAGUAGAAGAAAAUUUCAGGAACAGGUCCUAAAGUGGAAUAUUUGAGAAAAUAAGGUUCACAGCUGAAAGGGAAAGGUAGUACAUAGGGAGCCCUGGUGGCGCAGAGGUUAAGUACUCGGCUGCUAACCAAGAGGUCGGCAGUUGGAAGCCACUGGCUGCUCCUUGGGAGAAAGAUGUGACAGUCUGCUUCUGUAAAGGUUUACAGCCUUGGAAGCCCUAUGGGGCAGCUCUGCUCAGCCCAGUAGGGUUGCUGUGGGUCAGAAUCAGCUCGAUGCAGUGUGUUGGGGUUUGGGACUUGGUACAUUAUGAACAGUCUUAAGUUAUUUCAGCAUGUAUGUAAAGAACUGAAUGAAUAUGAAGUUAAUCUGGCUGUACAGUGUUGUCUCAUUGAACACUGGAAUUGAUUUCAGCUGAAGAACAGGAAAUGGAACUUUUGUUUAAUCUGGGAAAAUACUAAAAAAAAAAAACCAAACCCACUGCUGUUGAGUCGAUUUCAACUCCUAACGACCCCAUAGGACAGAGUAGAACUGCCUGAUAGAGUUUCCAAGGAGCGCCUGGUGGAUUCGAACUACCGACCUCUUGGUUAGCAGCCAUAGCACUUAACCACUAUGCCACCAGGGUUUCCAAAUACUAUGUACCUACAAAUGCUAGGGAGCAUGCUGAAUACUGGGCAAAGGAAGAGUUAGGGGCAAGUUGGGACAGACAGGUAAAUAAAACCAAUAUCUAGAAGAAGAUUAACCAUCACCAUGACCCCUAUUUCCAGGAGCCAGUCUUCAAAUGUUAUACAACAGUUUGAUAAAAAUAACCAACAGUUUGUAGCAUGCUAUAUGAAAUAAUGUAUGUAGUGCCUACCGCAUAUAAUAAGUGUCAUAUAGGUGUAACCUGGAGUUAUACUUGAAGUGUGGUUUAGUGAUGUCAAGAAUCAUGAAUGGGAAUGAGUAAUCCUGACUGAAGAAUUUAUAGCAGAGGACACAUUGGGAAUGGGUCAUAAAGAAUAUGUACAUAGAGUUUUAAGGCAGGUAAGGAGAAAAGGAGUUACAGGCAGAAGAAGCAAAGUACUGAAGACAUAAAAGGGCCUGGUGUUUUAGAAAACAACUGGAGUACAAAAUGGAAGGUCUGGAAGGGAGGCUGAAAAGAUCUGUGUGUUUUGCUGGGAGUUCGAAUUUUAGCCAUUAAGCAAAGGGGGGCUACUGACUUACUUUUGAAAGGUUAGUGGUGAUACGAUUGCUUUUGGAUUGUAGAAAGAUAACUCUGGAGGCAGUGUCAAGGAUAAAUUAGAUCCCCCCCCCUCAAAAAAAGAGAAAGACUGUUAACAGAAAGACCAUUUUGAACAGUUUUAUAAGAAUCCAGGAGAGAAAUAACAAAGAAUUAAAAUAUGACAAUUAGUGGCAUGGUGGGGGCCGAGGGGAGCUAAGGUAUAAUUGUCUAAAUCCAGGAGAGAAAUAACAAAGAAUUAAAAUAUGACAAUUAGUGGCAUGGUGGGGGCCGAGGGGAGCUAAGGUAUAAUUGUCUAAGGUCCAACUGAAAGAAUUAAAUGAUCUCUUGUGCUGACCUCUAUUAGAAUGUUUUCGUUAUCUGGCCAGGGUAAAAGCUAGAUUCACAGUGUUGGAGAAUAAAUAGAGACUAUUUGAAGAUUAAAUACUCUUUCAAGAAUUUUGAGAGUGAAGUAAAGCAGAGAGUUAAUAUGAAUGUCAGGUGUAAUUUAGGGAAGGUUUUAUUUUAAGUAUGGAUGAGGUGAAUAAACUUGACGUUAAUAAGUUCCAUUUUAAAUAUGUUGAAUUUGAAUUGCCUGUGAAACAUCCAAAUGAGGUUGUCCAAUAUCCAGUUGUAAAUGGAUCUGGUGAUCAGCAAGAACUAAUAGGAUACACAGAUCUGAGAGUCAUCAGUAUAUAGCCAUAAUGUGAAGCCAUAGAAGUAGAUGAAGCUGACCAGGGAAAGUGGGCAAAGGCCUAGGAGAGAUUCCCAAUGAGUACUAACAUAAAGGACUCAUUUGUUUCAUUCAUAAGGGGCCCUGAAGCUGCAGUGGUUAAAGUGAUCGACUGCUAACCGAAAGUUUGGUGAUUGAAAACCACCAGCGGCUCUGUGGGAGAAAGAUGUCGCAUUCUGCUUCCAUAGAGAUUUAUAGCUUUGGAAACCUUAUGGGGUCACUGUGAGUCAGAGUUGACUCGAUGGCAGAGGGUUUGGGUUUGUUCAUUAAUUCAGUCCAUUUUUUUGAGCACUUACAAUGGGUCAGGUACCCUUUUUGGCACUGGGAAUGUAGCAUGAAUAGGACCGUCACAGUUCCUGCCCUCGUGGAGCUAAUGUUAGAUUGGGAGUGUGUGUGUGGGUGUGGGUGAGGAUGUGAUUGUGUGGGGGGGAGGAUGAACAGACAAUCACAUCUAAACAAAUAGGAUAAAUUCAAGUGAUGGUAAGUGUGCUGAAGUACAAAGUCCCUAAGGUAAGACUUGCUUGGCAACUAAUUAUGAAAUUAACUGAGUAAUUAUGAGAAGUAUUAACAAUAACUUAGUGUCUCCAACUCUUGUGUCUAAGAAGAUUACCAUAUUUUAAAUGUUUUAAUCAACUUUAUUGAAGUAAUAAUAUAUAUAAAAUAAAGUGCAUCUGUUUCCAUUGUACAGUUUGGUGAAUUUUGAAAAAUACAGUACCACCAUAGUCAAGACUAGUUCCAUUUCUGCAGAAAGUUCCCUUAUGCUUCUUUGCAGCCAAUUUUCCUUACCUCCCUUGGCUCCAAAGAUUAGUUUUGCCUUUUCAAGAGUUCAAGCGUAAAAUAUAAAUGGGAUCAUGUAGUGUGAACAGUUUUGUGUCUGGUCUCUUUGACUUAGUAUAAUGUUUUUGGGAUUCACCCGUGUUUUCUGUAUCAGUAGUUGGUUCCUUUUUAUUGCUAAGAACUAGUCCAUUAUAUGGAUAUAUACCACAAAUUUUUCAACAGUUUAACUCUUGGUGAACAUUUGGGUUGUUUUCACUUCGGGGCUAUUAUGAAUAAAGGUAUUUAUGAACUUUCAUAUACAAGAUUUUGUGUGGACAUGUUUCCAAUUCUUCUAGAAAAAUACCUUGGAGUGGAAUUGCUGACUCAUAUGGUAAGUGUACAUGUAAUUUUAUAAGAAAUCGUUACACUCUUUUUCAAUACUUUGCAUCGUAUUAUGUUCCUAUUAGCAAAGUAUAAGGCUUCAAUACACUGACAUGAUCAGUCCUUUUUGUGUUAGCUCUUCUAGUGAUGGUGCAGUGGCAUCCCAUUAUAUCUCAAUUUGUAUUUCUCUGAUGACAGUGAUACUUGCUCUUUUCAUGUACUUAUGUGCUUGUUAGUAUAUCUUUUGUAAAGUGUCUGUUUAAAUCUUUUGCCCAAUUUUUUAAUUGGGAUGCUUUCUUCUUACUGAGUUAUAAGAGUUCUUUAUAUAGUCUGGAUGCAAGUUCUUUUUUAUUUUUUAACCUUUUUUGUUGUCUUUUAAGUGAAAGUUUACAAUUCAAGUCAGUUUCUCAUACAAAAACUUAACACAAACGUUGUUAUGUGACCCCAGUUGCUCUCCUUACAAUGUGACAGCGCACUCCUCCUCUCUACCCUGUAUUUCCCGUGUCCAUUCAGCCAGCCCCUGUCCCUUUCUGCCUUCUCAUCUCGCCUUCAGACAGGAGCUUCCCGUUUAGUCUCACGUAUCUACUAGAGCCAAGAAGCCCACUCACCAGUAUCAUUUUAUGUCUUAUAGUCCAGUCUAGUCUUUGAAGAAUUGGCUUCAGGAAUGGCUUUAGUUCUGGGCUAACAGAGAGUCCGGGAGCCAUGUCUCCUGGGGUCCCUCCAGUCUCAGUCAGACCAUCAAGGCUGGUCUUUUUACUAGAAUUUGAGUUCUGCACCCCACUUUUCUCCUGCUCCAUCAGGGACUCUCUGUUGUAUUCCCUGUCAGGGCACCACCUAGUUCUUCUGGUCUCAGGCUGAUGGAGUCUGAAGUUUAUGUGGCCCUUUCUGUCUCUUGGGCUCAUAUUUUCUUUAUGUCUUUGGUGUUCUUCACUUUCCUUUGCUCAAGGUAGGUUAGGACCAAUUGAUCCGUCUCAGAUGACUGCUUGCUAGCUUUUAAGAUCCCAGGUGCCACUCACCAAAGUGGGCAAAGUGGGAUGCAGAAGGUUUUCUUAAUACAUUUUGUUAUGGCAGUUGACCUAGAUGUCCCCAGAAACUGUGGUCCCCAGACCCUCGCCCCUGCUACUCUGUCCCUCGAAGUGUUUGGUUAUAUUCAGGAAACGUCUUAGGUUUUGGUUUAGUCCAGUUGUGCUGACUUUCCCUGUAUUGUGUGUUGUCCUUCCCUUCAUCUUAGAUAAUUCUUGUCUACUAUCUUGUUAGUGAUUACCCCUCCUUCUCCCUUUCACCUUCGUAACCAUCAAAGAAUUUUUCUUCUGUGUUUAAACCUUUUCUUGAGUUCUUACAAUAGUUGUCUCAUACAAUAUUUGUCCUUUUGUGACUAAUUUCACUCACCAUAAUGCCUUCCAGAUUGGAUGCAAGUUCUUUGUAUUGCAGACAUUGUCUGUUACUUGUCUUUCAUUAUCUUAAUGAUGUCUUUUGAGGAGCAGAAGUUUUCAAUUUUGAUGGUCAGUUUUCCAUUUUUUUCCCCUGUGGUUUGUGCUUUUUUGGUCUUAAAUAAGAAAUCUUUGACUACCUCAAGGUUGCAAAGAUUUUUUUUAGACAUUUUAUAGUUUUAACUUUUAUACUUAAGACCAAGAUCCAUUUAAAUUUAAUAUUUUGUGUAUGGUGUGAGGAAAGGGUUGGAGUUAAUUCUUUUCCUCAUAAGAUAGCCAGUUGUUUCAGCACCAGGUAUGUAAUGUGGUAUUUUUGCCUGCACCCUAUCAAGAUAUUCUCCUUAUCUUACACUUUUACCAAUUUCACUGUAUGUGUUUUUUGUCUAGGAGUGUUUUUAUUUUUAAUUCUGCUUGCAGUUCAUUUAGUCUCUUAAAAUUUUGUUGUUGUUAGGUGUCGUUAAGUCAGUUCUGAUGCAUAGCUACCCUGUGUACAACAGAACAAACACUGUCCAGUCCUGCCUAUCCUCCCAGUUGUUACGCUUGAGCUCAUUGUUGCAGCCCCUGUGUCAUUCUGUCUCCUUGAGAGUCUUCCUUUUAUUCGCUGGUCCUCUAUUUUACCAAGCAUGAUGUCCUUCUCCAGGGACUGGUCCCUCCAGAUGAUAUGCCCAAAGUAUGUGACAUAACGCCUUGCCAUCCUUGUUUUUAAGGAGUUUUCUGCCUGAACUUCUUCCAGGACAGAUUUGUUUACUCCUCUGGCAGUUCGUGGUAUAUUCAGUAUUCUGAAUAUACCAACACCAUAAUUCAAGUGCAUCCAUUCUUUUUUGGUCUUCCUUAUUCAUUGUCCAGCUUUUGCACGCAUACAAGGUGAUUGAAAAUACCAUGGCUUGGGUCAGGCACAGCUUAGUUCUCAAGGUGACCUCUUUGCUUUUAAACACUCUGAAGAGGCCUUUUGUAGCAGAUUUGCCCAAUGCAGUAUGUCCUCUGAUUUCCUGAUUGCUGCUUCCAUGGGGAAUGAUUGUGGAUCCAAGUAAAAGGAAAUGCUUGACAACUUCAGUAUUUUCUCUGUUUAUCAUGAUGUUGCUUAUUGGUCCAGUUGUGAGGAUUUUUGUAUUCUUUAUGUUGAGGUGCAAUCCAUACUGAAGGCUGUAGCCUUUGAUCUUCAUCCGUUAAGUGCUUCAAGUCCUCUUCACUUUCAGUAAGCAGGGUUGUGUCUUUUGCAUAUCACAGGUUGUUAAUGAGUCUUCCUCCCAUCCUGAUGCUGCAUUCUUCAUAUAGCCCACCUUCUCGGAUUAUUUGCUCAGCGUACAAACUAAGUAUGGUGAAAGGAUACAAGCUUUCCUGACAUUAAACCAGGUAAUACCCCCCUCGUUCAAAGUUCUGUUUGAACGACUGCCUCGUGGUCUGUGUGCGGUUUCCUCAUGAGCACAAUUAAGUGCUCUGGAAUUCCCAUUCUUUGCAGUGUUAUCCAUAAUUUAUUAUGAUCCAUAGAGAUGAAUGUAUUUGCACAGUCAGCAAAACACAGGUAAACAAUUUUCUGGCAUUCUCAGCUUUCAGCCGUGAUCCACCUGACAGCGAGGGUAUCCCAUGUUUCACGUCUUCUUCUGAAUCUGGCUUGAAUUUCUGGCAGUUCCUUGUCAAUGUACUGCUGCAGCCACUUUCGAAUGGUCUUCAGCAAAAUUUUACUUGAAUGUGAUGUUGUUUGAUAAUUUCCGCAUUCUGUUGGAUUGCCUUUCUUUGGAACGGGCAAAAAUAUGGAUCUCUACCAGACGGUUUACCAGGUAGCUGUCUUCCAAAUUUCUUGGCACAGACAAGUGAACUUCUCUAGUGCUGCAUCCAUUUGUUGAAACAUCUCAGUUAGUAUUGUAUCAAUUUCUGGGGCCUUGUUUUUUGCCAAUGCCUUCACUGCAGCUUGGACUUCUUCCUUAAGUAUUACUGGUUCCUAAUCAUAAUGCUUCCUCCUGAGAUAAUUGAACAUCGACCAGUUAUUUUUGGUACAGUGACUCUGUGCAUCCCUUCCAUCUUCUUUUGUGUCAUUCAAUUUUUUGUCCAUAAUCCUUCAAUAUUGUUACUCAAGACUUGCAUUUUUUCCUCAGUUCUUUCAGCUUGAGAACUACAGACCACAUUCUUCCCUUUUUAUUUUCUAAUUCCAGGUCUUUGCACAUUUCGUUAUCGUAUUUUACUUUGUCUUCUCUAGCUGCCCUUUGAAAUCUUCUGUUCAUCAUGCUAUCUUCAUGCAUGAUGUCCUUUAUGUUAUUCCACAGUUGUCUGGUCUUCAGUGAUUAGUGUUCAAUGCAUCGAAUCUGUUCUUAGGUGGUCUCUAAAUUCAGGCGGAGUAUACCCAAGGCCGUAUUUUGGCUCUCGUGGGCUUGCUCUGAUUUACUUAAGCUUCAGCUUGAACUUGUAUGUGAGCAUUUGACGGUCUGUUCUGCAGUCGGCCCCGGCCUUGUUCUGACUGAUGGUAUUGAGCUUUUCCAUCCUCUGUUACCACAGAUAUAGUUGAUUUGAUUCUUGUGUAUUCCAUCUGGUGAGGUCCACGUGCAUAGUCGCCAUCUAUGUUGUUGAAAAAAGAUAUUUGCAAUGAAGAAGUCAAUCUUGCAGAAUUCUGUCAUGCAAUCUCCAGCAUCGUUUCUGUCACCAGCACCAUACUCUCCAACUACAAUUCCUUCUUUGUUUCCAACUUUCGCGUUCCAAUCACCAGUAAUUAUCAAUGCAUUUUGAUUGCAUGUUUGAUCAAUUUCAGACUGCAGAAGUUGGUAAAAAUCUUCAGUUUUUUCAUCUUUGGCCUUGGUGUGGUUAGUGUGUAAAUUUGAAUAAUAGUCGUAUUAACUGGUCUCUAUUGUAGAUAUAUGGAUAUUAUCCUAUCACUGACAGCAUUGUACUUUAGGAUAGAUCUUGAAAUGUUCUUUUUGACAAUGAAUGUGACACCAUUCUUCUUCAGUUUGUCAUUCCCAGCACAGUAAACCAUAUGAUUGAUUCAAAAUGGCCAAUACCAGUCCAUUUCAGCUCACUAAUGAGUUCCAUUUCAUUUUUGAUGACUUUCACUUUUCCUAGGUUUAUACUUUGUACAUUGCAUGUUCUGAGUCAUGUCACAUCAACAAAUGAAGGUCCUGAAAGCCUGAUCCCAUCCACAUCAUUGAGGUCAACUCUAAUUUGAGGAGACAGCUCUUCCUCAGCCGUAUUUUGAAUGCCUUCCAACCUGAGGGGCUCAUUUUCCAGCACUGUAUCAGUGUUCCGCUGCUGUUCAUAAGGUUAUCACUGGCCAAUUUUUUAGAAGUAGGUUCCCAGGUCCUUCUUCCUAGUCUGUCUUAGUUUGGAAGCUCCCCUGAAACCUGUCCACCAUGGAUGACCCUGCUGGUAUUUGAAAUCCCUGUGGCAUAGCUUCUGGCAUCACAGCAACAUGCAAGCCACCACUGCCUGACAAUCUGACAAACUCUAGUGCUGGCUUAAAAGUAUAAGAUAAUAUUUUAAUCAGUUCUGGAAAGUUUUUGACCACUUUUUUUUAAAAUGUGUUUUCUAUCCCUCUCACCUCCCCUUUUGGGACUUCAGUUACCACACAUGUUGGACCUCAUAUUCUCCCACAGGUUUCAGAGUUUUGGGUUAUAUAUUUUCUGUUGAUCUCUCGUUAAGUUUACUGAUUAUUCUAGCUUCUCCAAUUUGCUGCCAAGCCCAUAUAGUAAGUUUUCAUUUCAUUUAUUGUAUUUUCCACUUUAACCUUUCCGUCUGGUUCUUUUUAUUUUUUGUUUCUCUGUUGAGAUUCUGUGUCUGCCUAGGCAUUGAGACUAUAUUUUUCUUUAAUUCUUUGAACAUCUUUAUCAUUGUGUUGAAACUUUUGUCAAGUAAAUCCAAGCUUUUAUCAACUAAAUCUGGGCACAUUAGGAAUCAGUUUCUAUUGACUGCCUUAUUUAUGAGGGUGAGUCACUUUUUUCCCUUUUUACAUGUCUCUAAUUUUGUUUGAAAAACAAGCAUCGUGAAUAAUAUGUUGUAGCAAUUCUGGAUUAUGUUAUCUCCUUCUGAGGAUUUUUUUGUUUUUGUCUAAUAGGUUACCUGUACUAAAACUGCAGACUUUGUCUCCCUCGUGAUGUGUUGCAGGCAGGGCCUCAAACCAGUUCAAACCGGUUCAAUCAUGACCGACUAAACAAAAUCUUAACAGAUCCAAAUUUUUUAAUUUUGGGUGAUCUAGAACCAUUACUGGAAAAGGAAAAAUUACAGGUCAAAGCCCUAGAAUGGAAGACUCGGAAGAGGUGUAGUAAGCCCUUUCAGGAGCCUGAUGCAUAAGAUUGGAUUAUUGCCAGGACUAAGGAGAGGGACACACAUUCAGAGCAACACUUUGGGCACUGCUGUGUCUGACUCUGCAAAAUCCAACAGGCAAGAGAUUUGGUUGCUGUGCAAUGUGUACACUGUCCUUGUUUUCUAAUAGUGAGAUUAAGUUUCUAGCAGGGCUUUGACCCAUAAUUUCUCCUCUUCCAAUUAUGCUUCCAGUUCACUCAAAUUUUUAAAAAAUUUGUGUCUGCUCCAUUUGUCACUUCCUUGGCCAUGAUUAAGCCAGGAAAAAUCAGUUUGAAGCCCUGGUUGCAGAGCUGAUACUUCUGCUCAAUUCUUUUAGCUUCCAGCUCCUGUUUUUCCCUUGUGGUCUCCCAUAUCCUGUAUAGUAUAGCUGUAAGCCAAGAAUAUGGGCAGCAUUUAUACACAGAUUUUGGAGCCCAUCCUCUUUACAUUCCCUAGCUUCCAGAGUUUCUUUCUUAAGUUUUCAGCUAUUCUGUCAACCCCAUCACCACUGAUACAUCAAACCAAUAAAGCUUCAGCUUUCUGCCGCUUUAGCUGUGUGCAGAUUAGGAAGUGGAUUCCAUAAAACAAGUAGCCAACUUUCAAAUCUUAACUACUUCCUUGAUGAUAUCUUGAAUUAGGCCCUCUAGAGUUUUCCCUGUGCAUGCAAAGUUUAGCAGUCAGGGAUUGGGUACCAAACCCACUGCCGUCGAGUCUGACUCACAGCGACCCUAUAGGACAGAGAAGAACUGCUCCAUAGAGUUUCCAAGGAGCACCUGGCAGAUUCGAACUGCCAACCUUUUGGUUAGCAGCCGUAGCACUUAACCGCUAUGCCACCAGGGUUUCCCAGGGAUUGGGUAGAAUUUAUAUACAGAUUUUGUGUAUAGGAUUUCUUCCCUAAUUUUCCAGCUAUUCUGUCAGCCCUGAGCUUUUUCUUCUGCCACCCCUAGCUGGUGAAACUACAGUUUUCUACCAGUAGAACCAUAGGAAGCUGGGGAAUGCCCUCAUGCAUUGAAGCCAUAAACUCACAAUUAUUAUUCCAUAUAGUUUUGGUCUUUCAAGUGAAGACUGUCUGUCCUGGUGACGUCUGCUGUUGAUCACAUUCCAGUGAUCAAAAUUUAUGUGUGUUUUAUAUUGCUAUCUGCGGGAGUCUUUGUCCAUUGAACUAAUUUUUCCAUUACCAGAAGCCAGAACUCCAGCAAUUGUUUUUUAAUCUCCAUUGAAUCGAUCCCUUAAUUAAUUAUAAUUAAUUAAUUUUAAUUAAUUAGUUUUAAAUAACUGUAUUAAUUUCCUAGGGCAUUUGUAACAAAGUACUACAAAUUGAGUGGCUUAUAAGAACAGAAGUUUAUUGUCUCAUAGUUCUGGAGACUAGAAGUACAAAUCAGGGUAUCAAUGUUGAUUCCUUCUUAGGGCUCUGAGGAAGAAUCUGUUCCAUGCCUUUCUCCUAGCUUCUGAUGGCUCCAAACAACUCUUGGUGUUCUUCGAUGUCAGCUGUGGCUCCUAAAAUCUCUGCCUCUAUCAUUACAUUGCCGUCUUCCCUCUGUAUGUCUCUGUGUGCCUCUUCUCUUUUAUAACAACACCACUCAUAUUGGAAUAGGAUCCACCCUCAUUUUAACUGGUAACAUCUUCAAAUACCCCAUUUCCAAAUAAGGUUACAUUGCAGCUAUCAGGGGUUAGGAAUUCAACAUACCUUUUCGGGGGACACAAAUCCAUAAUACUGAUAAUCAUGAUAUCUUUCCUACGAAAAUAAUUUGAGAUAAGGGAAAUAUUCAAAAUAUGGGAGAUACAAAUGUGCCAUAAAAUACUGUUCUUUUUGUUUUUUUUAAAUCAUUUAAAAAAUGUGAAAACAUUAUUUGCUUGUAGUUUGUACAAAAGCAGUGGGCCAGAUUUGACCCCUGAGCUAUAUAGUUUGCCAACACUUGGGUAGGUGUGUGUUGUUUAUUUUCCAAGUGUUUGGAAUUUUUCCAAGUAAUCUUAUUUUUAUUGAUUUCUAAUUUAAUUCAAUUAUGGUCAUACCAUCUGUGAUUCCAGUUUUUUAAAAUUUAUUUAAGCUUAGCCUAACAUGGUCUAUUCAGUGCCAUGUGUAUUGAAAAAAAGUGUAUUCUGUAGUUAUUGGGUUUUGUAAAUGUCAGAUUAGUUGAUACUGUUUUUCAAAUUUUCUCUCUCUUUUUUUUGUCUAGUUCUCUGACUUGUUGAUAGAGUGGGGAUAAAAUAUUCAGCUAUUGUGUAAUUGUCUACUUUUCCCUUUAAUUGUGUUAUUUUUUGCCUCAUGUAUUUUCAAGUGCUGUGUUUAGGUAUACACACCUUUAUGAUUAUUAUUUAUGUAUUAUCUGACUCUUUUACCGUUAUCUUUAUUAUAAUCUUGAAGUCUCUUUUAUCUGAUAUUAAUAUAUAACCAGUUCAUCCUUCUUAUAGGUACUUUUACACGAUAUAUCUUUUUCAUCUGAUCUGUAUUUUUAUAUUUGAAGUGCACAUUUUGUAGAUGACACUUGGCUGGGUCUUGCUCUUUUAUCCAAUCUGAUAAUCCCUACCUUUUAAUGGAAGUGUUUUGUACAUUUAUAUUUAAUGUAAUUGUUGAUAGGAUUGGAUUAAGGGCUCCCAUUUUACUUUUUGUUCUUGCUGUCUUUUUUUAUUAAAUAAUAUUUUAUCAUGUUUUUGGUGAAGCUUUGUGUUGCAGUUAAGGUUCCCAUUCAACAAUUUCUACACAAGUUGUCCACUGACAUUGGUUACGUUCUUCACAAUGCAUGAACAGUCUCAUUAUUUCCAUUCUGGCUGUUCGGUCUCCAUUAAUUUAGUUACCCUGCCCCUUUACAUUCUCAUCUUUGUUUUAAAGUAAUUGUUGACCAGGCUGUCUUAACUUUUUACAGUUUACUUAGAUACUUUACUAUUUCAUGUAAACGGCAGUAAUUUUGCAAUGAGAUAGGUCCAUUCCUCCCACCUUGAUCCUUUUAUAAUUAUCAUAUGUAUUACAGCUACAUAGAUUAUAAUCCCCACAAUACAGUGUAAUACUUUUUGCUUAAAGCAUUCCUAUGUAUUAUAAAAACAUUAAGAUGAAAAUAGUAUUUUUAUAUAUACCUACAUGCUUACCAGUUCUGGUAUGUUUCAUUUCUUUAUGAAGACCUGAGUUUUCAUCUACACUAUUUCCAUUCAGCCUGAAGAACCUUCUUUAUCAUUUCUUGUAGAUCUGGUCUACUGACAAUGAAUUCUUUUGGUUUUUAUUUAUGUGAAAUGUCUUUAUUUCACUUUCAUUCAUGAAAUAUAUUUUUGUUUUAUGUAGAAUUCUGGGUUGAUGGAUUUUUGUGUUUUGUUUCUUUGUUUUCGACACUUUAAAGAUGUAAUUUCACUGUUUCUGGCUUCCAUUGAUUUUUCAGGGAAGUCAGACUUUCAUAUUGUUAUUUCCCUGUAUAUAAUAUAUUUUUUUUUUUUAAACCCUGGUGGUGUAGUGGUUAAGUGCAACAGCUGCUAACCAAAGGGUCAGCAGUUCGAAUCCUCCAGGCGCUCGUUGGAAACUCUGUAGGGCAGUUCUCAGUCCAAUAGGGUUGCUAUGAGUCGGAGUCGACUUGACGGCACUGGAUUUUGGGUUUUUAAUGUGUUUUUUACUCUGGCUACUUUUAAGAUGAUCUAUAAAUAAAAUUUUUAAAAAUAUAUAUAUAUAUUUUUUUAUUUAUAGAUUUCAGCAGUUUGACUAUGUGGUUUUCUUUGUAUUUAUCUUUCUUGGUGUUCCUGAGCUGCUUAAAUCUGUGUAUUUAUUGUUUUCAUCUAAUUUGGGAAGAAAUUUGACCGUUAUUUCUUCAAAUAAUUUUUUUUGCUGCGUUUUUAACUUCCCUUCUUCUAGGACUUCAUUUUCAUGGAUAUUAGGCAUUUCGAUAUUUUCACUUGGGUUGUUGGUGCUUUAUUCUUUUUUUUCAAUCUCUUUCCUCUCUGAUCUUCAGAUUGUAUAAUAUCUUUUGAUCUAUAAGUUAACUUACUCUUUCCUCUAUCAGGUCCAUACAGUGAAUUAUUUUAUGUUAGAUGAUGCAUUUUUCGGUUCUAGGAUUUCCAUAUGGUUUUUCAUAGUUUCUGUUUCUCUGUUGAGAUUUCUUAUCCAUUCUUUCAUUAUAUAUUUUCUUAUAUCCUUGAUCAUUGUAAUAAUAGGUUCUUUAAACACUUUUUCUGCUUAUUCCAACAUCUGAGAUAUAUUGGGUUUGCUCUCUAUUGAUUUCCCACCUCUUGAGUAUGAGUCACCUUUUUCUUGUUCUAGGUGUAGUAAUUUUGGAUUGUGUCAUGUUAUGAAUGAUAUAUUUAGACAUUCUGAGUUCUGUUAUAUUACUCUGAAUAUUUUUUUGCAUUUUGUUUUCUUAGGUAGUGAACCUGGCUAGACUCAAACUCCAAACUUGUUCUCCACAGCUAUGGGAAAUAGUUGAAAUCCAUGUUUAUCUUAGUACUAACUAGGCUUCUUAGAGUCUGCUCCAUGCAUGUAUAGUUCAGGAAUCAGCCAGAGAAUUGGGCAAAGUUUAUAUGCAGAAUUUGGGACUCUCUCUCUGACUCUUGAAGCCAAUUUUUAAAUUUUCUGAGUUUUAGCUCUUCUAUGCCACACCAGUGGAGGCUGCUGAAAGGCAAAUAUAAUAAAGCUGUAAAAACAAACCAGAAACAGCAUCAUUUCCUUCUACAACUGUCAGUUUAGAGAAACUAAGUUCCUGUCUGCUUUUGGUUCCUUUCCAAUGCCUCCAGGUAGCUGUUUCUUAUGUUUUGCCUAGAGUUUAUUGUUGGUUACUGAUGGAUGGUUGCUCUGAUGGGAGUUGUUCUUCCGUUACUAGAAACAGAACCCACCUUUGUUGGCUGGAAUGAAGAAGAGAUAGCAUUUUCAUUCAUUUAUUUACUUAUUCAGUAGAUGUUUGUUCUCUACUAGUUGGUCAGAAUUUGCAGAUGAAUAAAAUAAAGUUUCUGCCUGGAGAAGCUCAUAAAUUAGUUGUGGAAGACAGAAAAAUAAGUAGAUAAUUAGAAAAGAUCAUUCUGAGUGCUGAAUGAGUUAAACAUGGGAUGCUACAAGAACUUGGAGGAAGGUAAACUAACCCAGAUUGAAGAAUCAGUGAUAGUUUCCUAAUGAAGUGAAUACUGAUCUCAGUUUUAAGGGAUAAGUAUGAAUUAGCCUUACCAAAAAGAAUAGAGAAGAGGAUUUUAGAGAGGGAAUUAGCAUGUGUAAAACGCAUUUACAUUGGAAAGCAUGAAAACUUCCAUUAGUUUCCUAUUAUUGACGCAUGGAGUGUAUGUUCAGGAGUAGGCAAGAGUCAGGUAUUAAAAGGAUUUAUUUAUAUACCACGCUAGGGAGAGGAAACCAAAAAAAAAAAAAAAGUUGCUAUUGAGUUAAUUCCAACUCAUAGCAGCCUUAUAGAACAGAGUAAAACUGCCCCAUAGGGAGGUAGUAUAUAAACUAUAUCCUGAAGGUAAUGGGAAGUCAGUGAAGAAUUUGAAGUCAAACUGAUACGAUUAAGUUUAUGUUUUAGUUAGGAUGCUCUAAUGAUUGCAAAAGGGUAUAUGAGUAAAACUUGAAGCAGGGAGACCAAUUAGAAGACUUAGCACAAUAAUUCUGAUUAAAAAGAAAAACAUGGACUAAAGUAAUGGCCAUGGAAAUUUAGAAAUAGGGGAAUGAAUCUAGAAAUUUUUAGUAGGUAGAAUUAACAGGCCUCAGAAAGUGAUUUAAUGUCAGGAGUGAGAGAGAGGGAGGAGUCUGUGAAAUUUCUGAAUUGGCUGACAGGGUGGAUGUUGUUAUUUUUGCGUGGGCUUUCAAGCUGAUUCUGACUCAUAGUGACCCUACAGGACAGAGUAGAAUUACUCCCAUAGGAUUUCCAAGGCUGUAAUCUGUGGGAGCAGAUCACCAGGUCUUUUCUCCUGUGGAACAGCUGGUGGGUUCAAAUUGCUGACCUUUUGGUUAGCAGCCAAGUGUUUAACCAUUGCACCACCAGGGCUCCUUGACAGGGUAGAUAGUGGUCCAUUUCCCCAUAGGUAUGAAACACAAAAGCCUGAGCAAUUUAGGUGGAAAAAUUAGGAGUUCAGUAUUGAACAUGCUGAGACUGAGGUGCCUGUAAAUGUUGAGAUGGAAAUUUCAAAUAGGUAGUUGGAACAUAUGGGUCUAGAGCUCAUGGAAGAGUUCCUGAGCUAGGUAUAGAUAUUUGGGAGUCAUCAGCUUAGGGAUGAAUAGAUAGAUUUACUAAGGGAGGGACUUGAAAGUAAUAAAAGAACAGAAGUAGGCCAUAGACAACCUUGGAAAACACCACCAUUUAAGCAAAGAAGUCUGAGGAAAAAAGAAAAGUGAAUGGAGAACAAGGAGAGACUACCAUCCCAGAAGCCAAGAGAAGAGAAAGUUGAGGAAGAGAGAAGUGAGUCCACAUUGUCAAAUGCUGCAGAUAGAGCAUUUAAAGAUGGCAUUUAGGCGAUUAUUGCUGUCUGUUACAGUAGCUUCAGUGGAAACUGAUUGUAAUGAAGGGAAUGGUAGAAGCGAAAGUAGAGAUAGUGAUAGUAGUACUUCCUUGGAGUAAAGAUUGUUGUUGUUAGGUGCUUUCGAGUUGGUUCCUACGCAUAGUGACCAUAUGUACAACAGAACGAAACACUGCCCAGUCCUGCACCAUCCUCACAACUGUUGCUAUGUUUGGGCCCAUUGUUGCAGCCACUGUGUCAGUUCAUCUCGUCAAGGCUCUUCCUCUUUGUUGCUGGCCCUCUACUUUACCAAGAGUAGUGUCCUUUUCCAGAGACCGGUCCCUCUGGAUAAUAUGUCUAAAGUAUGUGAGAUGAAAUCUUGCCAUCCUUGCUUCUAAUGAGCAUUCUGGCUGUGUGUCUUCCAAGGCAGAGUAAAAUAGAAAUAGCUAAAAAAUUAUCUGUCAUAGAUGGUAUUUCCUACCAAUUUUAAUUUGCAGGUUAAUCAACAACAUAUUUCUUCUUAGUUUUGCAAAUUAGUUAGCAUUUACUGAUGUUGCUUGGUUCACAUUUCUUGGUCCCCAUUACUAGGUUGCCCAUGAAUAUUAUAAUUUUUAUAACGUAUUAAAUUUUUUUCUCUAAACCUCUGAUUUAAGGAGUAACUUUUAAGUCCUCUUUUUCAUUCUGCUUUGGAUAAAGUUUCCAGGCUUUUAUGCAAGAAAAUUUUUUUCUGCAUUCUUUUUCCUUCCCAUAUCAGAGGUAGAAUGAUUAUAGCUUUGUAUUUACCAUGCUACCCUAGUAUUUUUUUUUUUAAUCUAAUUGGGAGAAAAUUUUGUCUUCACUGAUCCCUUCUCUUGUUCUCUGAAGAUUCUUUUAGUACACAGUUCUAAUAUGCAUUGAAAAACUUAAGCUUAUCUAUUAUUUAUUCUAAUAGACUGUUGGCUCCUUUCAAAGUCUUCUUAAUUCUGUGAUACCAAGGGUUUUCUUCCAUAUUAUUAAUACCCUUAAAGAAAUUUCUCAAGCUGAAAGAACUGAAGAAAAAAUUAAGGCCUCAAAUUGCAGUAUUGAAGCAUUAUAUGGACAAAAAAAUCAAAAGCAUCAAAAGAAGAUGAAAGGAAUACACAGUCACUGUUCCAAAAAGAAUUGGUAGACAUGCAACCAUUUUAGAAGGUAGAAAUGAUCAAGAACAGAUGGUAUGGAAGGAAGAAGUCUAAGCUGUACUGAAGACAUUGGUGAAAAACAAGACUCCAGAAAUUGACUGAAUACCAAUUGAAAUAUUUCAACAAACAGUUGCAAUGCUGGAAGCAUUCCUCUAUCCCAGGAAAUGUGGAAGACAGCUACCUGGCCAACCAACUGGAAGAGAUCCAUAUUUGUCCCCAUUCCGAAGAAAGUUGAUGCAACAGAUUGCAAAUAUUAUAGAACAAUAUCAGUAAUACCACAUGCAGUAAAAUUUUGCUGAAGAUCAUUCAAAAGCAUUUGCAGCACUACAUUGACAGGGAACUGACAGAAAUUCAAGCCGGAUUCAGAAGAGGAUGUGGAACAUGGAUAUCACUGCUGAUGUCAGAUGGGUCCUGGCUGAGGGCAGAGAAUACCAGAAAGAUGUUUACCUAUGUUAUAUUGACUAUGCAAAGGCAUUUGGCUGUAUGGAUCAUAACUGAUUAUGGAUAGCAUUGCAAAGAAUGGAAAUUCCAGAACACUUAAUUGUACUCAUGAAAAACCUGUACAUAGGCCAACAGGUAGUCAUUCGUACAGAACAAGGGGAUACUGUGUGAUUUAAAAUCAGGAAAUGUGUGCGUCAGAAUUAUAUCCUUUCACCAUACUUACUCAAUCUGUAUGCUGAGCAGAUAAUCAGAGAAACUGCACUAUACGAAGAAGAACUCAGCAUCAGGAUUGGAGGAAGACUUACUAAUAACCUGUGAUAUGCAAGUGAUACAACCUUGCUUCGUGAAAGUGAAGAGGACUUGAAGCACUUACUGAUGAAGAUCAAAGACUUCAGUAUGGAUUACACCUCAACACAAAACAAAAACCCUUAUGACUGUAUCAGUAAACAACAUCAUGAUAAAUAGAAAAUACUGAAGUUAUCGAGGAUUUCAUUUUACUUGGAUCCAUAAUCAAUGCCCAAGGAAGCAGCAGUCAAGAAAUUAAAUGACGUAUUGCAUUGGGAAAAUCUCCUGCAAAAGACCUUUUUAAGUUUAAAGUGUUAAAAAGCAAAGAUGUCACCUUGAGAACUAAGGUAUGCCUGAUCCAAGCCAUGGUAUUUUAGUUAACUCAUAUGCAUGUGAAAGCUUGACAAUGAAUAGGGAAGCCUGAAGAAGAACUGAUACAUUUGAAUUAUGAUGUUGGUGAAGAAUAUUGAAUAUAUCAUGGACUGCCAGAAGAAUGAACAAAUCUGUCUUGGAAGAAGUAGAGCCAGAAUGCUCUUUGGAAGCAAGAAUGGUGAGACUUUGUCUCAUGUACUUUGGACAUGUUAUCAAGAGGGACCAGUUCCUGGAAAAGGACAUCAUGCUUGGUAGAGGGUCAGUAAAAAAAAGGGAAACCCUCAAUGAGCUAGGUUGACACAGUGGCUGCUACAGUGGUCUAAAGCAUAGCAACGAUUGUGAGGAUGGUGCAGGAAAGGGCAGUGUUUUGUUCUGUUGUAGCUAGGGUUGCUAUGAGUCAGAACUGACUAGACAGGACCUAACAACAACAACAAAAUUUUUUUAACUUACAGAAAGUGAGAAAAUAGUGCAGAGGCUAAUAUUAAUUUAUAUAACCAUAGUAUAAUUAUAUAAAAAAAAAAAGAACCAGGAAAUUAAUGAUGACAAAAAACUUUAAUCUGUAUAGAUAUUCAGAAUUUGCCAGUUUUUCUACUAAUGGCCUCUUUCUGUUCAAGGAUCCAAGCCAGGAUCCCACAUUGCAUUUAGCUUAAUGUCUCAUCCAAUUAGUAACAGUUCUUAAGUCUUUUGUGGCCUUAACAUUUUUCAAGAGUACCGGUCAGAUAUUUCGUAGAAUGUUCUUCAGUUUGAUUUUGUCUGAUGUUUUCUCAAGAUUUGCUUGAGAUUAUUCACUUUUGGUUAAGAAUACCACAUGAGUAAUGUUGUGGCCUUCUUUGUGCCCUUUACACUAUCCUGUUUACAAUAUAAUUGUUUAAAAUAUUUUUUCUACAUGCAUUGAGAACCACUUCCGUGUUACAAUUUUUGCGUCGAAAGUCAAAUGUAUUCUAGAAAGUUGAAUAGGAGAGGAAAAGUCUAUUGGAUUUACCAAUAUUUUUUAUUCUUUCUUGUGUUUUUUCUUCCUUUUUGAUGGCGUUCAGGCUUCUUCUUUUAUCUUUUUUUUUUUCCCCAAAAAAACUUAGCCAUUCUUUUAGGGUAGGCCUGCUGGCAAAAAAAAAAAAAAAAAAAAACUCAGUGUUUCUUCAUGUGAGAAUGUCUUGAUUUCCUGUUCUUUCAUUAAGAUGUUAUUGCUGGAUAUAAAAUUCUGUGUUGACAGUUCUUUUCUUUCAGCACUUAAAAAUGUGCCAAUUCUUUUUGGCCUCGAUGGUUUCUGUUGAGAAAUCUGUUGUAAUUGUUUUUCUUUAUAGGUCAGGAUAUUUCUUUCUCUUUAGUUUUCAAAAUUUUGAUUGUUACGUGUCUUGGUGUGAAUUUCUUUAGAUUUAUCCUGUUUGAGGUUUGCUCAGCUUCUUGAAUCUCUAAGUUUAUAUCUUUAACCAAAUUCGGCAAAUUUUUGGCAUUAUUUCUUUGAAUUUACUCACCAUCUCUUCUCUUCCUGGGACUCUGGUGCCACAAAUGUUAGGUCUUUUGUUAUGGUCCCACAGGUUCUUAAGACUCUGUCCAUUUUUUUCUCAGUCUGUUUUCUCUCUUUUGUUCAGACUGGCCAGUUUUUAUUUUCCUGUCUUCUUCAGGUUCACUGAUUCUUUCCUCUUUCUGCUCCAUUCUGCUCUUAAGCCCAUUCAUUGAGUUUUUAAUUUUGGUUAUUGUAUUGUUCAGUACAGGCAAUCCCCAGGUUAUGAACAAGAUCUGUUCCUAACUGUGUCUUUGAGUCUUUAAGUCGAAUUUGUAGGUGAGUCAGAACAGGUGCAUACAGUUCUUAUGUAGCCUUACUUUAGUGUGUGAAAAGCCUUGAUGCCAGUUCAAUGAUUUAAAAUCUGCACAUGCAGCAAGUAAAGUUGAUUGUGAUGAAGAAUUUGUUGUGAGUAGGGAUUGGUUGAGUAGUUUCAAACUGAGGGGAAAUUUACCUAACAUUAAAGGGCAAGUAUGAGUUGUCCAUAAGUUGGACGUUUGUAACCUGGGGACUGCCUGUACUAAAAUUUGAGUUUGGAUUUUCUUUGUAUCUUCUCUUUGUUUAUUGACACUAUUAUUUUUUCUUUGUUUCAAGCAUAUGUGUAAUUGUUUAUUGAAGCAAUUUUAUGAUGGCUAUUUUAAAAAAACUUGUCCGAUAAAUCUAAUAUCUGUGUCAUCUUUGUGUUGGCAUCUGGUGAUUGAUUUUCUCAUUCAAGUUGAGAUUUCCCUGGUUCUUGAUGUAAUGAAUGAUUUUCAGGACAUGAAUCCUGGACAAGUGAAUCGUUGGACAUACUUUAAGAGACUCUGGGUUUUAUUUAAGUUUUCUGAGUUCAUAGGCCUCCUCUGACAUCACACAACUAAAGAAUAGGGACACCACUUUGUUAGUGCCAGGUGUGGGUAGAAGUUCAGGUUCCCCACCUUAACCUCUGUUGGCAUCCUGGUGGAGGGAGGGGGCAGUUACCACCGGGCAGUGGUGAAAGUACUGACCCCCCACUAUGCCUCUCCUGACUCCACCCCAACAUUGAGGGCUGGGAUACCUCACUACUACCAGGUGGGGACAGAAAUCCAGCCUCCCCACCUCACUGUCUUUUUUGGGUCCACUGAUGUUGUGGGGAUGGGGAUCUCUUUACUGCCCAUCAGGAAUGAAAGUUCAGAUUUCCCACUUGGCCUCUCUAUUACCACCCCAGUGGGGAAGUUGGGGUACCUCACUGUAGUCUGGUAAGGAUGGAGGUCUAGAUGCCCCAGUUGGCUUUUACUGCUGGGGUAGGGAUGGGACUGUUAUAUUUUUUUUCUGUAGUGUUUGGCUGGAGUAGGCAUUUAUUGUCUUAAGUGUUUUCUUCUAACUAGGUUAUCCCUUUCCUGGUCCUUUGUCUAGAGAAAGCAGGCUAUUCUUGGGGCCUUUUUUAUUUUCUGCACCCAUUGACAUUUCUGGGUUGUUGGCUUCACUAGCACCCAUUGUGGAAUAUAAGAGGCCAAAAGAAAGCCCAGGAACUCGCUACCAUGUUGUUCCUCAAGUCCCAAGGUCUCCAGCCAGCCUGCCUUCUCUCCAUCUUUCAAAAUCUUAAAUGUUUGUUUUUUAUGUAAUGUCUACCAUUUUUAGUUAGGAGAAGGUAUAAGGAAAAGUGUCUAGUCCAUCUUGUGUGAAAGCAAAAGUCAUAAAUAUUUUUAAUCAUUAAUGUAACUAUAUUUUAGAUGUAAGUAUAUAUGUUUCUAAAAUCUGUAAUUCCUGGGUAGAAAGCACCAUAUUCCGAUAUUUUUGUAAAAGUUAAUUAAAUGCCAUUAUUAAUGAAACCAUUAUUUAAUGAAAAGACUUAUAAAGGCUGUAGUGUCCAUUUUUUUAAAUGAUGCUUAAUAUAGUAGAUUUUUAAUACAUGAAAAGUAGUGGAGUUUGCCCUGUUGAGGGAACAGUUUGCUUUAGUUUAACUUUGUCAGUAUACUGAUUGCCUGUAUCAGGGUAAUUUCCCUUUUCCUUUAGAAAAAGUUUUCCUUGUUAAAAAGUCUUUUUUUUUUUUUUUACAAAUUCCUCUAGAUUUUAAUGUGGUUUGUUUUACAUAUGUAAACGGGUGUGUAUGGGUACAUCAAAACAUGAAUACACACUGCAAGGGGGGGAGUUCUUUCCCAGUAGACAUGAAAUUGAUCGUUGUAAAUAAUUCAGUGCCUUCCUUUGAUGGAAAUGUAAAACUGCAAUAACUCUGUGUGUGUGUGUGUGUGUGUGUGUGAGAUUUAUUUACCUCCCUAGGCCUUCGCUGGCAUAGUCAGUGGAAACUGAAAAGCAGAGAAGUGUUGAACCAACAUGAAGAAUGCAGUUAUCACACUUAUAAUGCUGUCAGCACAUCUGUUGUUGCUUUUGUUAGACAAUUUUUAUCUGUCUAAAGAAGUAAAUCUUUGUACAUCACUGCCAGAUUUUGUACAGUAAAUAUUGGCUUGUAAUUUUCAAAGCUUAUGCCAAGCAUAGAAUUUCUAAAAGAGAGAAAAGAUAAUUACAAGUUGAUUCUCAGUCUGUGUAAUGUGUUUCCAUUCAUCCACUUAACUUUUUAGAGGCAUUAAUGUGACAAGCAUAUUGCAUGCAGAGUGAAACAAUAUUACCCAUAUAGCUAGAGCACUGGUACGUAACUGAGUGUGUUAAUUAUAUGUUGACAUUUUAGUUACAAAGUUGAUUUUACUUAUGAAAGGGAUCAGGAAAAAAAAAAAUCUUUAGAGAAAGUCAGUGAUGGACAUUAUCCCAAGGUAAUAUAAGUAAUAUUUAAUACUUACAUACUUUGUCAUACCUUUUAUUUUAUUACAUCAUUAUAGAUGUUAUAAUAGUAAUAAGAAUAUUUAUAUAUAGAUAUAUUAAAAUGCGAACCAUGUGCCAGACACUGCUAUAAGUUCAUUUCAUGGAUAAACUCAUUUUACUUAUUAUUUAUAAGGUAAUUCAUCAGUUAUAAGUAGAACUAACAUAAUGUAGGUUUGUACUGUUGAGCAUAGCUGACCCAUAUAAGUGAUCUAAAAAAUAGUUAAGAAAUAUUUAAUAGUCAACUUAAUUUACUUAUUAUGUCAAUGUUUAUUAAACAAAACUGUCACACGCCUUGCCAAGAGGAUGCUAUUUUGCGUUAAUAAAAAUUUAAGUCUUUUGUAUAGCUGGUUAGCAGACUGCAAGAAUCAGGCGUGUUUUGAACAUCCUAAGCUUUAGUGUUAAACUAUGUAUUGCACUUUAGCUCGUUGCUGUCUUUAUUCUUCUGGGCAGGGGUUUCUGUACAGUGGCAACAAUGGAAUCUCUGCCUACUGCUGUGAAGUAGACUUCGUGGUUAAUGAACCUGAGAUGAUGUGAUCAAAUACAUGUUUCCUUGACACCGAUUGUGAUCUGUACCACAGGAAUUUACGCACAGGCCUCUAUCGUUCCUUAAUGAUCUAACAAGCAACGUUUUUUAACUGUAGGUCUUUUUCACACCCUUCUCGUUUUUGUCCUACAGGGAUGACCAUUAAAAACAUCUGACAGACAAGCAGUUAACCAGUUCCCUGCUGAGAUUAGUAAAAUAUUUAGUAGUCCUGCCACAUCAAGGAACUCCAGCCAUGCGGGAAACAGUAUGAUGCAACUUUUUUUGGAGGUGGGGGGUACAGGGAAUUUAAAUUUCCCUUUGAAUGGCCCCUCAUUUUCAAAUGGGUGUAUAAACUUCAUAUAGCUAGCUUCAUAUUUAAAUUACUUUUUUUUUUUAAAAGCUUAUAAAGUUAUUAUUUUUUUCCCUUAAAUUAUAUGAAUAGUUGAAAUGCUUAGAGCCAUUCUUUUCAGGAAGAAUAAAUCUCUAAAAGGCAAGAUCAGUGUCAGAGUGCGGUAGUGUAGUAUCUUUUCUGGAUUUAUAGGAUUACAAAUCAAAUUAGUAAACUUAUUUUAAAAAAUAAAAAUUGUUAUAGAUUUCCAAAUUUCAAAGGAAUUCACAUAUGUUGAAAUUUCUGAUCUACCUUUUAGUGGAACAAUUUUUAUAAAUCUAUGGGAUAAGAAAUAAAAUGUAAAUUUAUAAUAGUUGGUGGUGUUUUAAAUCUGGAAGAUACACUAAGGCAUUAUAAGUCAAGAUCGGCUGCUUAUAUUUUAGAGUACUUAAAGUGAAAUGAUACGAUUUAUAAACAGUACAUCUUAAAGAAAACACAUUUUUGUUGUUAGGUGCCAACUAGUCAGUUUUGAUUCAUAGCAACCUUCUGUACUGUACGAUAGAACGAAACACUGCCCGGUCUUAUGCCGUCCUUAUAAUCAGUGCUAUGUUUGAGCCCAUUGUUGCACCCACUGUGUCAGCCUAUCUCACUGAAGGUCUUUCUCUUUUUCCCUGACCUUCUACAAAGUAAACAUAAGGAAAGACUUUUGUAAUCUUUUAAAAUUAUCUUUAUUCAUUUUUAUUUCAUCAAAAUCAAGGUGCUAUGACAUUAGUAUAUUGGAAUUUUUUCAAAUACAUUUGUCAAAAUACACUGCUUUGUUCUAGCAGAAAGAUUUGCCCUGUCAAUCCUGAAGAUUUGUGCAUUAAGAACAUAAUGGGACUUGAUUACCCUCCUUGUUCUAAGAUUCCUGACUCCUGCUGAUACUUUGAGUCAUAGGAAGCAUUUUUAGAUUUAAAAGGAUGAAUUUCAAAAUGCUGUUUUUUUUUUUUGAAAUUCAGUUUUAUGAACUCUAAUGUUUUUAUUUUCAAGAAGAAAAUAUACAACUGAAGAGAGCCAUAUCAGACUUGUUUUUAUUAGAAUAAGUAGUUAAAUAUUAAAGUGUGGAUCUUUCUUAGGACUUUUAUCAGUAUAUUAUUUUUUUUUAAUACAAAAUUGAGUCCUUCUGAAGUAAUAGUUUCAUAUAUUUUUUCACAUAUUUUAAUCUGGUUUACUGGGCAGUAUCAGUGCAGUGGAGUAUAGCAUCAUGUGAUUUGAUAUUGCUCAGUUCAUCCCUUUCCUCCAUGCUCUGUCAAAUCUUUCAUUCAUGUUCUUUUGCGUACCUCAAAAAACCAAACUAGUUGCUGUCAAGUCAAUUCCGACUCAUAGCAACUCUAUAGGAUAGAGUAGAGAUGCUGCAUAGAGUUUCUAGGAGCAGCUGAUGGAUUUGAAUUGCUGACCUUUGGGUUAGCAGCAGUAGUUUUUAACCACUGUGCCACCAGGACUGCUCUUUUGCUAUAUCUUUGGCAAAUUCCAUAACUUUCUGGUUACCUUUAGUAUUUAAAAGUCUGGUCCCGUUCAGGGUAAAGCUCCAUGCCCAUAUCCCUCCGUUGCAAACUAGUUGUUUUGGCUCAAGAGACUUGGAGAGGGAAUGUGCACAUUGAUCUCUUUUCUCUUCCUCUCACUCAGGGUGAGGUGGGGGCUUGACAUGGUUCUGAGACACCUUCUUGCACACUCCACCUCUGUUUCAUGGCCUAACUCCUCUGGCAUUAGGAAACUUGGAUGGGGACCAGCGUCGCCUAUUGGUAGGAGAAGUCACUCUUAACCUGGUUUUAUCCACUGCUGGAUAAAGCUUGUGAUUUUCUUGGGGCAGUGUUCAGCUUCUGCCCAGCUCCUCCUGUCCCUGAGGGGCGACCAUGUUUCCUUUGAGCGUUAGCAGCGGUCCAUGCCUCUAACCCCCUCUGUCAGUGGGGUAUCACUUUGGUUGGCCUGAGUAGCCCCCUUUGGCUUUUGCUGGAAUUCUUUCAGUCCCUCUAGGGCCAUGGAGAUCCGGGGUGAGUACGUUUCCCUUAAUCCUUUUUUUUUCAGGUAUAUUAUUUGCCUAAGGUUCCUUCAGUAAGCUCUCAGAAAUCUCCAGUCCCAGUCCCUAUACUCAGAUACUUCCAAACUGCCAGGGACAUACAUCAGACAGUCAAGGUUUUUUUUCAAAGGGGGCUUACAGACCUUUCAGCAAGCCUCCAGCCCGGGAAUGAAAUGUAAGUCUGCCUUUUGUACAGGUACAGCCAUUCUCUCUAAACUGUUUUCUUAGAACUACCCCCUCACUGACAAUACUGUAAGCCUGAUAAGGCUGACGACCCAGAUUCCCUCCCUCACACUACCCUCUCUGCUGUGCCUAUGUGUAUUUUUCAUGUUUGGACCAGUUUUGCUGACUCUUACAGAGGGAGUUAGGGAAGGGAAUAAGGCCUAGCCCUAAAUGUUGGCGGCUGUUUUAGAGUUCCUUUUGCUGUUGGCCAUGGGUCCUGGUGUCAAUUCUGGGGCAGUUAGAAAAAUCCCAUUGGGAUUAGGUUCUUUUGUAGACAAUAUAGUGACUUAAACAAAAUAGAUGUUUAUUUUUCGCUCACAUAAAGGUCUAUAGGCUUGCAGUUUAGAACUGAUACGAUGAUUUGGUUCCAUGAAGUCCUCAGGGACCUAGGUUCCUUCCAGCUCACUGCCCUACAGUCUGUAGGAUUCAUCUUGUCCACUGGUCAAAUAUGGUGGUAAUUAUAUUCUAAGCAGCGGAUUGAUGAAAUGGGUAAAGAGGAAGAGCAAGAGACACACAUCUGAAAUCUCUUUUAAAAGUUUCUAAGAAGCUGCCAAAUAAUUCUUUUGUUUACAUUCUACUUAGUCAUAGGUCUAGUUGUAGCAUUAAGGAAGCCUGGGAAAUAUGAUCUUUAUUCUGAGCAUUCAAGUGCCCAGCUAGGAGUUACCAUAGAGAACUACUGGAGAACAACUAGCAGUCUCUGUUAUGUUUACUGAAUGUUGUAAAGUCUUCUUGGGAGCUAUGUGCUAACUUGCACCUUUAUGUUUAUCUUUUAUAUAUGAGUUAUGUAUGUACAACAAUACUGAAUGUCUUCAGGACACAUUUAUUUUUAUUUUAUUUUAUUUUUUGUGGGCUUAUAGUGGAUACAGUUAAAAGAAAAUUAAAUCUUUCAGUAGUAGUA